GCGGGGACGUCUGGCGUCUGGGAACGCCAUGGCGGAGCUGGUCCCCCUGGCCGAGGAGCUGUCGUGCUCCAUCUGCCUGGAGCCCUUCAAGGUGCCGGUCACCACCCCCUGCGGCCACAACUUCUGCAGCGCCUGCCUGGACGAGACGUGGGCGGUUCAGGGCCCGCCGUACCUGUGUCCGCAGUGCCGCGCCGGCUAUCAGACGCGGCCGCAGCUGCACAAGAACACGGUGCUGUGCGCGGUGGUGGAGCAGUUCCUGCAGGCCGAGCUGGCCCAGGCGGCGCCCUCGCCGCCCGACGGCUGGACGCCGCCCGCCCGCCCCGCCGAGCCCAGCCCGGCCUGCCGGGUGGCCUGCGACCACUGCCUGAAGGCGCCCGCCGUCAAGACGUGCCUGGUGUGCAUGGCCUCCUUCUGCCAGGAGCACCUGCAGCCGCACCUCGACAGCCCUGCCUUCCAGGACCACCAGCUGCAGCCGCCCGUCAAGGACCUGAUGCGCCGCAAGUGUCCCCAGCACAACCGGCUGCGGGACUUCUUCUGCCCCCAGCAUGAUGAGUGCAUCUGCCACGUCUGCCUGGUGGAGCACAAGGCCUGCUCGCCUGCGACCCUGAGCCAGGCCAGCGCAGACCUGGAGACCAAGCUGAAGCAUAAACUGACCGUCAUGUACGGUCAGAUCAACGGUGCAUCCAGGGCGCUGGAGGACGUGAGAGGCAAGCAGCAGGACAUAAGGGAGGUCGCACACAGGAAGACAGAGCAGCUCAGACAAGAAUUCAUGGAAAUCAAGGUGCUCCUUGAUGCCGCUGAGGCCACCUCCACCCAAAAGAUAAAGGAAGAGGAGAAGAGGGUCAGUACCAAGUUCGACCACAUUUACCAGAUCCUCCUCAAGAAGAAGAGUGAGAUCCAGACGCUGAAGGAGGAGGUUGAACUUGCCCUGACCAAGGGGGACGAGUUCGAGUUUCUGGAGAAAGCGGUAAAGCUGCAGGGAGUGUCCACAAAGCCGGUGUACGUCCCCAAGGUGGAGCUGAAUCAGGAGCUGAUAAAGAGUGUCUGCCAGGCCACCUUCGACCUCAAAAACGAGUUGAAGCGGUAUAUCAGGCAGCCCCCGGACAAGAAGGCCGAGGAACCCACUGGCUCAGGGAGCCCUGGAGAGCAUGGCCCAGCGCCCACGUACAAACCCUCACACUUCACGAAGAAGGUCCUGAAAGAAGAAAAGAAAUCCAAGAAACCUCCCGCUGCCUCUGCCUCAUCCAUCAAUAUGCCCACCUUCGGAGCCCCAGAACAGUUACUGGAUUUAAAGCAAGCAGGCCCAGAGAAUGCAACCAAAGCCUCCACUGCGCAGCCGAACCCGACGCUCCUCAAGACCAGCAACGUGCUGGACACCUUCUUGGCCAAGUCCAGGUCCGAGCUCCUAGAAUAUGCCAUUAAAUUCAGCCUGGACUGCAACACGGCCCACAACAAGGUGGCGCUGACGGAGAAGUACACCGUAGCCUCCGUGGCCGACUUACCCCUCAACUACCAGCCACAUCCCAAGAGGUUCACGUACUGCUCCCAGGUGCUGGGCCUGCACUGCUACAAGAAGGGGAUUCAGUACUGGGAGGUGGAGCUGCAGAAGAACAACUUCUGCGGGGUGGGCAUCUGCUACGGCAGCAUGGCGCGGCAGGGCCCCGACAGCCGGCUCGGCCGCAACAGCGCCUCCUGGUGCGUGGAGUGGUUCAAUACCAAGAUCUCUGCUUGGCACAACAAUGUGGAGAAGACGCUGCCCCCCACCAAGGCCACGCGGGUCGGCGUGCUUCUCAACUGUGACCAUGGCUUCGUCAUCUUCUUUGCCGUCGCCGACAAGGUCCACGUGAUGUAUAAGUUCAAGGUGGACUUCACCGAAGCUCUGUACCCAGCCUUCUGGGUGUUCUCUGCGGGCGCCACGCUCUCCAUCUGCUCCUACAAGUAGGCCGGCCAUGGACACUGGCCUCUGGGUGCCCAGGGCAGGGGUGGGAGGGCUGCAGGCGGGACUCUCCGAGAGUUUCCUGAGACUCCUCAGGGUUGAGAGUGUGGGAGGGUGGGGGUGGAGGGUGGGGGAGGUGAUUGCGCUGUGGGCCAGGAAGCACUUCCACCUCCUGGUGCCCGUUGGGGCAGGGUGACCUCCUCCCCCUUGUUCCAGUAGGUCCGCAGCUGCUGGCAGUUGGAUGGGGUUUGGGGAGGUAAAGUCAUGGGAGCCCUUUCCUCUCGGAGGGAAUCUGUAGCCACGCAGGCUCUUUCCCAGGUCACCCGGUGUAAGGUCCUUGGCCUUCUGGAGCAGCCUUCGGACCUUAGUGUUUUGAUUACUCUCUAGGGCUCUUCAACUUACAUAGAUUUAAAAACAAUUACCACGUCAUUGAAUUUCAAUAUUAUUCACCCCCUGCAGGUGGGGGUUCAGAUGUAUGCUCAGACUCCUGGUUAUUUUCUGUCCUUCAGGAAAACUGCCCAUAGCAGGUCUCCACCCAGAUCAGAGUUUCUAGAAGAAGAGGGUCCUCUCCCUCCACUGGAGAAUGGUCCUGCUUCCCUUCCUCUCCUUGUACCUCAUGCCCCGUCAAUGGUUUUAAAAUGUUUAAUCCAGCAGGAAACUUUUCAGACGGAGGUUUCAAACCAUGAUCUCAGUCAGCCUGUGUUGAAUUUGUGAUUCAAGGUCAAGGUGGCCCAGGUCCCCUGGAUGGGAACGCUUCCCACUCCCACUUUUGGUGGAUACCCUGGCAGCACACGCAAGAGCCUUGCGGAAGGCCUUCUUCCCACAGGCUUUGGAGCAAGGAACACCACUGGGCAAGAGUGACCCUGAGCUGGGUCGACAUUGUGGUGGUUUUGCUCUUAUUAGCGUCUUGCCUUCUUACUGAUAACUGUGCUCAGUGAUAGCCGCUCGUCCCCAGGGCUGUGAGGCACUGGACUGGCUGGUGUAAAUCCCACUGCGGCCAGUACAGUCAAGUGGACUACAAACUUGAUAUCCGCAGCCCAUCAUCAUACAUACAGACAAGUCAUGCGGGGCUUGCCUCCAGGGCGGUGCUAGUUCUCUUGCUGGGCUGACCACCUGCGGCCAAGAGAGUCUUCUAGCAGGUCCCGUGGGAAACAGCAACAUUCCUAUUUAUCCCUGGCCACAGGCCGCCGGCCCGGUGUGACUCUCUUGUGAGUCACGUGCCUGGUACUGGCACUGCACUAGCCUUUUCUCUUUUUCUCCUUUGAGCCAAUUCCAGGUGUGGGGACUGACCAGGCGAGGGGGCCCAGAGACUUCCAGGGCCAGUGAGAGAACUACGGGACUCCAGCACGAGGGGAUCUCUUUCCUGCAGGGUUUUCUGUGCAGUGAAAGUAACCCCAGUCUGCUCAGGGGCAGGAGGGAAUGGGUCGCCGGAAUUCCCCGAGCUCCUUCUGUGCUGACGUUGCCAGGAUGUAAAUUCCCAAUCCAAAAGUGGGAGAAAUUUAACCUCUUUUUGGUAAAACAAAUCCUACCCUGGGCUUUCCUAAGAGGGGAGCUCAGCUCAGGCUUUUUGUGGUAUAAAAAAGAGGUCAACCACUGGGGAUGUCAGGACCCCAGAACUUUUAUAUGAAUAUUUGAGAGUUGAACGCAUCUCUGGCCUUGUGCUGGAUGGAAUUCCAGGGCACUCUAAUCAGGCCCAGAGCAUUGGAAAUUCUUGACAGGGAUGUUGCUCUGUGUCCUCUCCCGGUAAGGACUUUCACUUCCUCGGGAGAGAGAUCAUCUUCGUAGGGAAGACCUCCCUGCAGUAGCUGAGAUGCAGCUUUUAAUUUUCUUCUUUUGAUCCUGGGAAGGAGAGUUCUUUGGUGAUUCUUCUCUGCUUUUGGCAAAGGUCAAGAGCAUCUUCAUCGAUCUUCUGAAACCAAAGCCUUGUCUGAAGCCAGUUCCCACUUGGGAAACAGCUAGGCGUGGAAGAGGAGGAUGCUGAAGGGUAAUCCACGGGUGCUGCUGGGGCUCGCUCCACAGACCCAUGGGCAACAGAGGGAACUUCUCCCUGGUGACCCUACACCUCAGGGUAGGGAAGUGCAGUUCCCUCUGUUUUUAAGAGCGGCAAGGAGGUGGCCCAAGGGGAACUCUGUGCAAGGCGCCCUGGAGAUGUGAAUCAAGGUGUGCAUAUUCGCCAUCUCGGGUCAUCUUGUUUGCAGUGGGGAGACCUUACACUCCCCUCGCCUUGCAGGGCUGUUGCCCAGCCUAGAGUCCUCAAGUUUGGGGCAACAGUGGAUUCAUCUAACUUCUCGUUUUGCAAGAUAAGUCAAUGAGGAGGUACUGGAUGACUCCACUAACCACUCUGGCCCUCCCAUCAUGGAGGAAAGGCCUCCUAGAUGCCCCCCGGUACCGUGGGGGAAGAGUCAGAAAACCCAGAUACACAAACAUAAAAAAUACUAUCCCAGACCCCAGGCAUCAGGGACUUAGUCACUCUGGCAUGAUCUGAUCAGGGGUCAAGUUUUUGUAUUAUUCAAGACUGGCCAGUUCCCCUGUUUUAAUCACUGAGAAAUGGAUCUGUGAUCUAUAACUAAUACUGACAUGUUAUCUCCUUACUCUAUUCCACCUCUCACCACUAUUGAUUUUAGUUAAUUGGUAGGAGUAUUUGUGCUACUAUUUCACGAGCUUUUUUUUUUUUUUUUUAAAGAGUUGAUUCUUCAGAACAUCAUUGGGGCUGUAGACACAGAGCUUUCAAAACCCAUGAAAAUACUAGGGCCAGGGCUGGUUGACAUGCCUUAGAAGCUGUGAAUAUAAAAAGCGGUGGCUGGUAUUUUUCUUGCAUCGAAGUCUGUGUAGAGGGUCUAUACGAUGUCUAUACACACUGAAAAGUAUCACACUUUCUGAGUUCUGUGAGUUCUCUGAAUUACUGAACUCGAGGGAGGUCAUGUGCUAUGGACUGGAUGUUCAUGUUGCCUCCAGAAUCACAUGUUGAAACCUGACCUCCAGUGUGAUGGUAUGGGGUGGGGAGACUUGGUUAUGAAAGCAGAGCCCUCGUGAGUGGGAUCAGUACCCGUAUAAAAGAGACCCCCGUAGAGCACCCUUGCCCCUUCUGCCAUGUGGGCACACAGCAGGAAGACCAUGAACCAAGAAGUGGUUCCUCCCUGGAAAUUGAACCCAUCAGCACUGGCUCUUGGAUGGAUCUUCCAACUUUCAGAACUGCCAGACAUAAAUAUUUAAGCCACCCAGUUUCUGGUGUUUUUGUUAUAGCAGCCCAGACUAAGAUGUCCUGGGAGUGUGAAACGGAAUAAAGGAAACUAUGUUUAAAAUCGAGUUAGGAGGCCGGAAGGGGGAGCCCUUGGGCUGUACCGCUCCUUAAGCCCUUUGCAGACCCAAGGGGAGGAGCUGGGAAGAGCUACCAUGCAUUGCCCACAGGAAGGAGCCUAUGCUACCCAGCGGGAGGAAGGGAGAUUUUCUUCUCCCCUGGCAACAGCCCAGCCAAUGAGACCGUCCCAAGUCCGCCAAUGAAAAGGCACUACACUUGGAACUCCCAGUUCACACCAGUGGACCAUUCACACCAAUGGACCAUUCGCUUAUAACAGCUCCUUCCAAUUCCCCACCUUUCCUCUAUAAAAGAAUGUUCCUCUCCUUGGUUCUCAGGCUCUGCCUAUGGUUUGUUUUGUGGUGAUUUGCGUGUUCCAAAUUGCAAUUCUCUGUUAUUCCUGAAUAAAUUUAUUUCUAAAUAA